GAGCCUCACUUUGCUGAGAAGGGCUCCAGAACGUGGCCUGGGGCAAGGGGUAUUGGAGUGCUCCCGCGGUGUCUCCCAGGGCCCCAAGAAAAUGGUGGCGGCCCCAGAAGUGAUGGCCAGGAAGACGCCGUCCCCCAGAUUGGCCCCGGCUGUGCUCGAUGGAGGCGGGCGCUGGCACUCGCGGCCAAAGGCAGGAGACCACUGCCCGCCCUGGAAGAGGGUCCUGACUCUCCCCCUGGGGCGGGGCAUCCCCGGGGGGCCCCGAGGACAGGCUCUCACGCCCGAUGCCUGCGCUGGGCGAUGCCAGGGGCUCGCCCAGGCUUCCCCAGGACCAGCCAGAGCUUGCUGACUCGUGAGCCCAAGGAAACAUCGAGGGCUCUACUUCAGCAGCCUCCCAGGCUCCCAAAGUCCUUGGGAGUCUGGUGCAUGCGUCAGGAGCUCUGCCCUCUCCAGCCCCAGGAAACGGCCGCUCCGGUGGGCUGGAGCAACCGCCGCUCGCUGAACGGGACAGAAGCCCCCGACGCCACGGGUCUCACGUCCACAAUCCUCCCGGGCGCACAGGACACAACGGGAGGGUCAAGCAGGCCUCAGGGGCACGCGGGUGGGCGGCGGCAUCCCCCCAGUUGCCCGUCCGGGCCAGGGACCCGGCCCACCUUUCCCAUUCCCUGCACCUGGGAUGGCUCAGGGGCGGCUGUUGGUGGGCAAGUCAACGCCGUGGGGACAACGAGGGCCCCCAGCCCCAGCUCAACGCUGGAGCCGGAGCCCCUGCCGGGAUUCGGGCUUCGUGGACAAGGCCCACGGCGCCUGCCGUCUCCCUCCAGGCCCAGAGUCUUCCACUCACCUCUCUUGGGGAACGCCGCGCCCAGAACCUGGCGCCCAAGGCCCGCUGAAAGACACGAGGAGACAAGGUUUCCUAAGCCUGGACGCCCAGGGAGCCGUGCCGGGAGGAGGAUUGGGUCGCUCGGCAGGGCGGACUGCCUGAACAGCUCGAGGGCGCCCCCGAUGGGCACAGACAGGCCAGGGCCGGGGCAGGCAGCACCGACAGAGCGUUCGCCUCCAGCCCCCAACGGGAGCGCACCUCCAGGGUCCCGAGGCUCUGGGGGAUGCUGA